AUGGCGACAGGAAGUAAUAGUAGUAGCCAAGAGAGCAAGCAGCCAGGCCCCGAGCUGCCCAAGCAGCUGCCGUUCGAUUUUCUCAAGAAAAUCACCAACGAUUUCGGCCAAGACCGGAAGAUAAGCGGAAGCCCCUUCGGCACACUCUACAAGGGGAUUGUGCCAGAUGACGGCAGAGUGAUUGCCGUGAAGAAACUUCAGGAGAACGCGCCCAUGCCGGCCGAUAAGCAGUUCAACAGAGAGGUCCAGAAUGUGAUGUCUCUCAAGCAUGACAACAUAGUGGAGCUUGUCGGGUUCUGCUGCGAAACGCAGAAGAAACUGGUGCAGUUUGAUAAGAGAUACAUCCAGGCGGACAUCACCGAAAGCUUAAUCUGCUAUGAGUAUUUACCUAAUGGGAGCCUUCAGGAGAAUCUUUUUGAGCCCAAAGGGUCCACUAAACCAGAAAUUGGUUGGGACGUACGCUUCAAAAUAAUCAAGGGGAUUUGCCAAGGCUUACGUUUUCUACACAAGUUGGAUAUUCCCAUUGUCCAUAUGGAUUUGAAGCCUGAGAAUAUACUGUUGGAUGCAAAUAUGGUGCCAAAGAUAGCGGAUUUUGCACUCUCAAGGGUCUUUGGCCAAGAACAAACCAGACUCUGCACGCAAACAGUUGUCGGAUCAUAUGGGUACAUGGCUCCAGAAUAUCUUUACAGAGGUGAAAUAUCAGCCCAGUCAGACAUAUACAGUUUAGGCCUAGUGAUAAUUGAGAUCACCACUGGAGAGCAGAAUCCUCGCGAAAAAGACCAACCAUCUGCAAGAAGUUUUGUUGAUAAAGUGCGUAAAGAAUGGACGCUGGAGAACAUAACAUCCAAAUAUUCAUCACUGGAUCAUGAAAGCCUCCAACAAGUUAAAACAUGCAUUGAUAUCGGGUCAAACUGUGUUGAGAUUGAUAGGACAAAAAGACCUCGCAUAGAAGAAAUUGUUGACUCGCUCAAUGGACUACGUUCAAGCCAAAAGGUUACCGAGGUCUCCCGUCCGCCUACAACUGGCAAGAAGCUAAUGGGCUCCAUUUUUGGUCUGAAGAAAUGA